UGGUGGUAUCAUGACAUGAUGGUAAUCACUGUUAUGAUCUCUGCAAAAAGUGCUGUAUUCUGUAGUGUUGGAUGGGACAAAUGUUUGUUGGACCAAUCAACUGUCUCCAAUAUGAAAUGGCAUCUUCUCGACCAAGAACUAAUGCCACAAUUGGUCCACUGAAGAAAAAUGUAAAAGCUAACAGGGUAUGGUCAAGUUGAACUUCAUUAAUGAACUUUAUUUUGAACUUUAAGAUAACUGUUUGCCAAGGAUACACUCAAACCAAUUCACGCAGUAUUAGAUUAUUAAUACAUGUCUGAAUCUAACUUGCACAUGUGUGUGAGAGCUAGGAAAUUAUAAAAACGUUUAUCAUCCUUUACGCACGAUCAUGUAACACUUCAUACUCUGAGGGUAUCACACUUCUGAAUGCUUUGUUCACAAGUCAUGAAGAUGUUACAAGCUAUGCAGUGGCAAUGAUGCAAAAUAUCUGAUGAAGAAAGUCCUAUGAAGAAAGUUUAUGAACAUUCUUAAACAUUCAUGACGACGAUGGGAUGAGUUGUGUGGCACUUGUGUCUCAAUUGAGAGGGUGCCAUGUUACUCUGCACUAUAUAUAAUUACAUGAGGUUUAUAUGACAUCUCCCAUCCUGAACCCAUCCGAAUUCUUCUUCAUCCACAUAUAAACGACUAUGACUGUUUUGUGACUCACCAUGGCAAAGCGAAGAAAUUCUGGUUAAAUUUAUGGACGGUCAAUCAGAAGGAUUCACAGCCCGAAAAGAAGAACACGAAGAUUCAGUUGAACUAUCCGCUGAAACAUAUUGUGUACGUCGCCACACACAGAUGCUUUGUAGCCUUUGCGACCGACUUGACUCUGCGCGUCUACGCAACCGUUAACUUCAUCGAGAUGUCACGUGCGGAAACGAGCCAUAGCGUGCUGUGUUUGUAUUAUAACGCGUGUCGGGACGACGUCCUCACGGGCUGUCUGGGUUUCGUGAUGAUAUGGAAGUUUCCUCAGGCGCAAACCGAUCCGUUAUUCCCGACCCAAAGAAUCGAGUGUCCGGCCAUACAUCCCGACUACUGGGUGACAUGGAUCAAAGUCGACAAAUCUUCGAGACAGUUGCUGCUGAAUUGCGAAGAAGCGAUGAUUGUACUUGAUGAACGAAGCUAUGAACUCAAGUAUAAUUUUAACAUUGAUUUACGCCACAGUCUACCAUUUACAGCAUGUGCCUUCUAUCAUCCAAGCUGCUACUUUAUAACGGGAUCAAAAGAUUACGCCGUCAAAGUGUGGAACACAAGUCUUAAUCAAUGUCCUUUGGUCACUAGUUUUUGUGGACAUUGCAGGGCCAUAACCGCACUGGAAGUCGACAUCCCACAUCACCUCGUGAUCUCAAGUUCAACGGACAAAACCAUCCGUUUAUGGUGUUUGGAAACUUUCGCGCUCACAUACGUUUUGGAGACUGGAGAAGAGGUACACCACAUGGAGCUCAUGACGUCACGCAGGCUGUUCUACCAAUCUGACGAGCAUAUUCGGGUUUGGAACCUGAACCACUUUCACACAUUGUUUACGGUCUUAGGGUUCGAAAUUGUGACGUCACGUCGCGUAGUGUCACGCGGGUUUCCCACGCGGUUGUUACUGCAUGGUAAAGAUGGUGCUAUAAGAAUUGUUUCCCCGAGUGAUGGGACAAUUAUUACCACCAUGUUUCCCCUUCAAACCCUCCCUGAAGGAAUUGCUGACUACGCGUAUAAUCCACGCGAGGAUCGACUAUACGUGGUGCUGACGUCUGGUGCAAUAUUAGUCUUUAAUACCAGAACAAAUCCUUGCAGUGCUUAUCAGUUAUGGAAAACAGAAAUGUUUGGCAGCGAAAGAGUGACAUCAACUUCCUUUGCCGAGACUUACGGAGUGAGCUGUGUUGCUAUGAUGAAUAUUGACGAACGAACUGCGGAUGAUGAAAUAUAUCAUUAUACGUUGUUGUUUGCUGGUUUGAAUAACGGACAUAUCACGUUGGUAUAUAGCAAUGAAUCAAGCAUGCAUGAUACAAUUGAGGCCCAUUACGGAAAGAUAGCGCUUCUUCGUGUAUCGGAAGGACUCGAACAAAAUAGGCAGAGCUCCUUGUACUCCGCCAUAUUGGUAUCGUGUGGUACCGAUUGCGAACUGAAAGUAUGGAAAAUUGAGUUCCGUAAUUAUUCUGCCAAGAUCAUUUCACUUGAGCUGUGGAGUUACGUGAAGUUGCUAAGCAUACCUCGUGAUAUGGAGACGAUUGGGUACACUAUAGGACUUGUUAUGGAUGAUAAUGCACUUGUAACGUGCAGGGUGAACCACGAGUGCGAGCGGCCGGCACGAAGCAGGCACAGCCAACGAGAUUCCAUAUCAAGAAAUGGCCUAUAUGAAGUAGACUGUUUUACAUCAACCGCUGAAGAAAAACACUCGAAAACUAUUACUGGGCUCUCUGCCUGUUCCACACUCGGUCUAUUCGCGACUUCAAGUGAUGACUGGAGUGUGAAGAUUUGGAACACUGAAGCUAAACUAUUGAAAGAAAUCUGUUUUGAGGAGUCCUUGCGUGGCGUGUGUUUUGCGAACACACGUGGGGAUCUAUUGGUUGGUUUCCAGUCUCAUAUCAGCAUUGUUCCGCUCACCAACUAUCUCCCUCUGAGAAUACUCGAGAUGCUGUCGACGAUGGAGUUUCCUGAUGACAUUUUUGAACAUCAUUUACCCUUUGAUCCCAUGUUGGCUUUCUCGUACGACCCUUCAAGUACGCCAUGCUUGCCGCUGGACCUUGGGCAGAGAAGACUGUUGCUUCAGCAACAAGAGGAACGUAGUGUGAAGUGUUUUGCUUCUAUACCUUGGCCAACGCUCAGGAUCCCAUCGGCGCUAUUCCUGCUGGACAGUCAGCUUGAGGAGGUUCCUGAUGCCGAGGAGAUUUUGCCUCCACCACGACGUUAUUCAACAACCCAGGAACAAGAGGAACUGGAUGAAAAAAUACGGAAAUUUCAGCGGUCAUCUAUGAGCAGGCGCAGUUCAGCUAUGCAUUCGCCGAUAUUGGAAGAUGUUAUUGCUAGAAUUACGCAAAGUUUCAGCUCCCGGUCUGAUGAAAUUCCCGGGGUGAAGGUGGAGUUGUCAUCCUCCAAUCUGGUAGAGCAGCUCCGGCGGCUAUUCGGCAGUGACGAGACUAGUAUUCCCGACAACUAUUGGCCAUGUGCGCCUGAUGGAUACAUCCCGAACUCUGUCGUAAGGCAGAGGGUACCCCCUAAAGAGGUACCCGAGCAUCUCAUCCCCAGGUUGCUGAGAGGGGAAGAUGCAAAAGAAUGGAUAAGAAAAACUAAGAAGAAACGGAUUAAAGAUAAAGUAGAAAUUGCCGAGGAUUAUUACAUUCCGUUGGACGAUGAUGAUGAGCUUGGAUUCUUCUCAAUAUUCGAUGGUUAUGACGAAGCCAAUUAUGACCAUGAGAAGAAAAGUUUGCUACUCGAAUCGUCUGAUGAAGAAGAUAAGAUCUGCGAGGGCGAGGAGGUCAAGGAAGAACUGGACUCCAGCGAAGAUGAAGAAGAAAUGAAAAUGAAAUGGAAAGCUUCAACUAAAACAACUAUGAGCAAGGAACAGAUGCUGUCAAAUAUUCGCGCACGACAAUCUAUGCGGGACAAAAAGAAAGUCAGCAAAAAACCUGCAAUGCCCAUGAUAAUAGCUGCUGAGGAAGAGGAUGUAGAUGACGCGUGCAAACCGGAAGUGACGAAAGUUGUGACCAGUGGAAGUCACCAAUCACCAGAGACAAAGAGUGCGACUAAAGAACCACAAGACCCAACCUUAAAUCUGCCUCCCAUGUUACGGCAAGUGGUUGAACAACCAUGGUUUCCCAAGGCCUCAUUGGUUGAGGGCAUUACUGUUGAGGAUAUCUAUAAAGAGAUGAUAACAUUAAUGGCUGACUGCGCUCCACUAACUUACGGGAAAAUUUGCGAUCAACUUUUAGACCUCAUCGCAAAUACUGGCAUCUCGAAUGAACAAAAGGAAAAGAUGUUAAACGUUGUUGUUGAUAAUCUCCGUCAUCCUGCAGCUGGUAUUCGUCGUGCGAGCAUCAAAACUGUUCAUGAAUUACGCUUCAUUUCCGACGAAGUUGUUCAUGGAAUUGUUUCGUGUUUGGCGAGCGGCUCUCAAGAUUUGCAGAAAGACGCUCUGCACGCUUUGGAACAGUUGCUGGGGAUCAAAGACAAAGAGGCGUUACGAGAUCUCUUCGUCAAAAUCGGCAUCUUAUCUCGUUCACCAACUCCAGACUCGGACACACAGGAAGAAACACUAACGCACCGCCUUAAAACUCGCACCAGGGAAAGUUUUAAUCUUCUUAAGACUGUGGGGGACGACGCUAGGGUAGACAUGAAUAAAUAUAUACACGAUUGGUUAGAAGUAGAAACCAAGCCUUCUACGGCUUCUGAUCAGAGCGCUAUCCCUAUUCCUGAAGUCAAAGUCGAAAAAUUCACGACUCGUAACGGUGGAAAAAUUAAGAUGGCGUCGUCAAUCGUGUCGAAGAUAAAGUUAUACAAGCCCGAACCCCGUCUUUCCAUCGUCGACCUGACAUUUAAGGACUCAUCAAUAUCCUCCCGCGAAAGUUCCGAAGCUGAGGAGAUCGCCUCCCCUCCGAUUGAAUAUACCCAUGAUCUGAUGCAAAAGCUUAAGCGUACUAGAGCUGGCUGCAAUCUACUUUCACGGUUGGGAUAUGACGAGACUCCUAUGUAUACAUUAAACUUUGAGGUGCCUGAAAUAGAGAAGGAAGCUGUGACAAUUGAAGCACGUUCAAAAACGGAGAAACGACCACCAAGCGCUCUCACGGGCUUUGCCUACGGAAAGAACAGAAGACAUGUGGGGUCAAUGUCAAGCAAAAGCGAGAAAGAAUGGGACGAGUUUGACCAAGAUUAUAUGAAAUCUGGGGGUGAAUGUCGCGAGAAAGAUAUGGCUAGUUUUCCUGAUAUCAAGAUCUCAGACGUCUCAGUCAUGUCCAGAAGAAGCGAAAUAAAGCGAGAAAGCGACAACUUGGUCUUACCCAAGAUAUUGACAAAAAUAAAGGCAAAUCGAAGAAAUUCGACUUUGGACGCUUUCAGAAGGCGCAAUGGUCGUAUAAAACGAGCGUACAGCAUGGAAUCACCAGAUUGGAAUGAUAAACUAUUGGAAUGGAGGUUCCGGAAACUUAAUCAGAAGCAUGGAGGGCAGGUCAAGCAAACAAGUCAGAAGCACCCAGAAGCUUCUAACACGGAUAGCCGGGCAGAAGGCGAAGAGAUGAAAAAGCCUGCCAGACGUGUAACAAUCACCGAAGCCUCUGUUGAUUGUAGUCGUCGAAAAUCCAUCCUGAGAAAACUGCAAAGAAAACGGCUUGAAGAGGAAAUGCUAGCAGGGAAACUUUUACAAAGACACUCAUUAUCUACGACGACAUCACUUCGGGUUCCGACCCCCAGCGAAGAUAGUUUACCCUCACCAGGUUCCACACGGAUAUGUGAGGCCAACGUUCAAUUACCGAAAAUUCACAUUCGUUCAAAGCAAGCUGAAAGAAUUAAAACUUUAAGGGAUUCUACGGGUAGAGGAUCGGGCGAUAUAGCCCACGAGGAAUUAUCAGGUGAUAUAACCCGCAGAAUUGACACUCGCUCGAAUCUAGUCGGAAGAACUAAGAAAUCAAUAGAUGAUGAUAUGACUAAAGGGCCUAUGUCAGAUAAUAUUAACCGUGGUGUGCUAUCUGGUGAUGUAAACCGCGACGAAUUAUCUGGUGAUAUAACCAGCAGAAUUAACACUCGCUUGAACCUAGCCGGAAGCACUAAGACAUCAAAAGAUGAUGAUACAGCUAAACGGCACAUGUCGGAUAAUAUUAACCUCGAGGUGCUAUCUGGCGAUAUAAACCGUGAGGGGUUAUCGGGUGAUCAAAUUAGCGGAGUAUUAUCGGAUGAUUCAACACGCGGGAUGCUAUCAGGUGAUAUGACCUGUACGGUGUUGCCGGGCGACAAAGCCCGGUUUCUAACGGGGACUAAUGUUCCAUAUUCACUAUGCACUGAUGUUUUUGGUGAACGUUUGUCGCAAGGUACAUCCGUGUUGGCGAGGAGACCUUUGGAUGGGCUAGGGAUGAAAAACGAAGCAUUACGCGUUCUUCCUGUGAAUCCCAAAUUGACCAUUGAUACCGGUUGCAGUAAAUGGGGGCGAAGUCGCUAUGGGAUCCUUGAGGUGGUAUGGACAACUAGAGGUAUCUAUGACACACAGGACACGGAGGGAUCCAUGUUGGUGAAUCAAAACCGCACCAAUUUGAAAACGAAUGAACCAACGCCUCACCAUACAAAACCGAUUGUUGUUAAAAAGCUUCUUAAACCAAUCGGAAACCGCAACCUUGUUACCAACCCUUACACCGAAGAAACUGAACAGUUCAUCGAGAGGAAACGUCGGAAGCUCCCGUGUGUUUCCGAAGCUUUACGAUCGGUGACUAGUAAUUCCGAUUCCUCACGACAGCGUUUUGACUUUGAGACAGAAUGUUUGUGCACAGUUCGUGAACUCCUGGACAGUGAUAAUUAUUGUUCCUCGAGGUCGAAUUAGAUAAUAUUUAAUAAUGAAUUUUGUUUCGUCUGACCCUGUCUUCAAGCGAAUUGAUUGAUAUUAUUGUUUUGUCAAAAAUGUUAUUUUUACGUACGAUUGUUUAGGAGAGUGUAUUUGCCCUUAGGGUCAAACAUUCAUACACCUGGUCACUUGCCACGACAUCUUGUUUCCAAUA